AUGAUGAAAUCAUCAAUUCUUCGAUCAAAAAUCGCUGAAGAAAUGAAAAGCUUCUCCUUUCUUACCACUCUUUUACCAACUUUGCUCGCUCUUCAAUCCACUGUAAUUCCCCAUGCCAAUGAACCCGCUUCUUUGCCAGUUGCACCCACCCUUGAGUCAUGGAUCGCUCGGAACAUGAAAGAACACCAAGAAAGGAAAGCCAACAUUGCCAAUGGCUUCAACCGCACUGUUCUGGACCAGCUCCUGGUCAAGGCGGAUGACGGAAGCGUUAAGGUGAUCAAGGUAAAGAAAAAUGGCAGUGGAGACUUCGACACGGUGACUGCCGCCGUAGAUAGCAUUCCUUUGGAGAACAUGAAAAGGUUGGUGGUUUGGAUUGGUGGUGGCGAGUACUUUGAGAAGAUCACGAUUAAUAGAACCAAGAAUUUUGUGACGUUUUAUGGGGACCCGAUGGAUAUGCCUAAGAUUGUGUUUAAUGGGACGGCGGCGGAUUUUGGUACUGUGAAUAGUGCGACGGUGGCAGUGGAGAGUGACUACUUCAUGGCUGUCAAUAUUGCCUUUGUGAAUUCAGCUCCAAUGGCGGAUGGCCAAAAAGUGGGGGCACAGGCAGUAGCGAUGAGAAUAUCAGGGGACAAAGCAGCAUUCUAUAAUUGCAAGUUUAUAGGGUUUCAAGAUACCUUGUGCGACGAUAAGGGCAUGCAUUUCUUCAAGGACUGCUACAUUGAAGGCACUGUUGAUUUCAUUUUUGGAAAUGGCAAAUCCCUUUAUUUGAACACCACAAUUCAAUCUGUUGCAAAGAAUCUGGGUGUGAUCACAGCACAAGCUAGGGAAAAGGUAGGCGAUGAUAGUGGAUUUACAUUCCUUUACUGCAAUAUAACCGGUGGAGGCAACAGUACCACUUACCUUGGCCGUGCAUGGAAGCAAAGGCCUAGAGUCAUCUUUGCUUUCACAUACAUGGGCACCGUUAUCAACAGUAAAGGCUGGUCCACUGAUAAGCACCCUGAGCGCAACCAGACUGUAUAUUAUGGAGAAUACAAGUGUAAGGGGCCUGGGGCUAGUUCCUCUGGUCGAGUUGGAUUUGCAAAAAUUCUUAGUGAGCUAGAGGCUAAACCUUUCAUGAGCUUGACUUAUAUCCGUGGAAGCAAUUGGCUUCUACCACCUCCCAGCUUGUGAAAGCUUUACCAAAUAAACGAAGGAACAAUGUAAAUGCAUUCUGCAAAUAUGUAUCGUGUAAA